AUGCCUUCGCCGCAUCGAAGCGCCCGUUCUACUGGUCGAUUGUCAUCAGCUGAGACAUCUGAUAGACGGACCAGGAAUUCGAAGCAAUGGCUUCCGUGGCGCAAUCGGUUAGCGCGUUCGGCUGUUAACCGAAAGAAGAAAAAUGCCAAGAAAAGAAAUAAUAUAUUAAUAAUGAAGAAAAAAUCAUCGAUAGUGGAUGAAGAAGAGGAAAAAGAUGCUGAAGAUGAGUUAUCGGGAGAAGAGGAAGAACAAAAUGGAAGCUUGUCGGAAUACGAGGAUGAACUGGAUGGAUUGCUGAGGCAUCGAACGGCAAUUGACAAUUAUUUCAAUCAAGGAAGAUUAAAGUUUUGUCGUGCUAAUGAUCGUACACGGCGAAAAAAACGAAAACAAGGUGAGGAAGAUAACGGAGAAGACGGUCGCUGCGAUACAAUUGAAUGCGAUUUGCAUCUACUCUCAGAUUGGUUUGAAAGAUGUGAUGAUUAUCUUCCUCGUGGCGUUGUUCGAGAAUGUUCUAACGCAGAGCGCUUGUUUCCCCGUUGGUUAACGUACUUAGCAGCUGGUUUUAAUCUCAUUAUCUUUGGAUUAGGUUCAAAGCGGAAACUUAUGCAAAGUUUCUGCGAAAAAACAUUGCAAGAUUAUACAUAUAUUGCCGUUGAUGGUUUUCAACCCUCGUGUUUGGAAGAAAAUUUAUCAUUAAAAGUAGUUGUUAUGAGCAAAAAUCAACUGGAAUAUGCAAGAGCCGUUGGUCAUGCAAUUGAUAGCAAAAAGGAGGAUGUUGUUCUCGUAUUGAAUAAUAUUGAUGGACCUGGAUUGAGGGCAACACUUGAACAAUGGGCUCUAGCGGAAUUUGCAAAAGCUAAACAUACGCAUAUCAUUGCCUCUGUUGAUCACGUCAAUAAAAGCUUGUUGUGGACUCAGAAAUUGUUGAAUGCAUUCAAUUUUCUCUUCAUCAAUGUAAAUACCAUGCAAGCCUAUAAAGCCGAAGUGUUUGCUGGCUAUUCGAAACUGUUGGGACUGAACCCGAAAGGUUCGGGAUAUAUGCAUACAUUUGCAUCGUUGGAUGUGGUCUGGAUGUCGUUGACAAAUAAUUCUCGCUCAUUGCUUCAGCUUAUCGCCAAUCAUUAUUAUCGUAAGAAGAAACCACUGGAGUUUUUUGAGCUCUUUCAUUUGGCCAGGGAUGAAUUUCUUGUUUCGACAGAUGCAGCAUUACGGCAACAUCUUAAUGAAUAUAAUGAUCAUCGUCUUAUCGUACGAAAGCGUCACAGCGAUGGCAAUGAAUACAUAUCAGUGGCUGUGGAAGAAAAGACAAUGAUGGAAUUUUUGAAGGAAAAAGGAAUGCUUUUGGAUGAUGACGAUAGUGAUUGA